AAUAGCUUUAUAACAGGUGUACUAAGUAAGAGAGAGAGAGAAAACGCCUAAAAUAGAAAUUUAUUAAUUGGAGACAUCAGAAUGAGUUCUAUAUGUAAUUUGUUUGUUAAAACGAUUGAAAUAGAUACUGAUAGUAAGAGUUCUAUAUCAAUUAAUAACGAUGUUCAAAAUUUUGGAAUCAAAAUUAGACCAGCAAAAGAAGAGGAACUUGAUACAGUUGCCAACCUCUUUCUCAAUGGUUAUAGAGAGAGAUUGUCUAAUUUAUUUGAAGAGGAAAAGCGUGAAUUUUUCAUUGAUAUGAUUAAAGAUUGCUACGAAUCAAAUCCAAAUCUUAUACAAAAUGUAUUAGUUGCCUUAGAAGAUGACAAAAUUCAAGGAAUUUGUUCUAUUAAAUAUUCAAACGACGAACUCAAAACAACAAAAUCAGCAAGUGAAACGUUUAAUCUAGUUUUUAGUAAGGCUCAUUUAAAAACUAUAUUCUCCUUUGGAAUGAACCAAUAUCUCUCCAACGUUGAAGACGAUGAAGCUCUUAUAGAAAUACUAUCCGUAGAUCCUGAAUGUAAGAUGGAGAAAGAAAUUAAAGGACUACUCUUACAGGCUGCUGACGACGAGUGUCAAGAGAGACGAUGCAAGAAAUUAUCCUCGAUCGUUAUGUUUAAAGAUUUUGAAUUAAGAAGAUUCUACGAAGAUUUUGGUUACAUUACAUCUAAAAUGCAUCUGGCCCGACCAUCCUUUAUGUACGGAGAUAAGGGAAUGCAUGCUAAAAGGGUAGAGAAUAAAAAUGAAGAAGGCAAAGUACGGGAUGAUAAUGAUGAUGAUGAUGAUGAUGAUGACGCUGUAGAUUCGUCUACGUUACAUUUGUCAGACCCACAUGAACAGUGUUUGGCCUUAUCGGUUUUGAGUUUAGCACAACCAUUCAGGGGAACAAGCUGA